UCCCACAUUACCUCAUCGCUUUCAAUUGGAACUGCUCUCGGCCUCGACCACCUGCUCUGUAUGGUCGACGUCUUACUUUUCGCGCUACUAUGUCGAAACGACCCGCGGAGGCCCAGACAACACUGGAAUCCUGGCAGCCUAUUCGGACGAAGAAGUCACGUGUAGAAGCCACAGAGAUCACGGCGGACAAUACCCCGCGAUUGACCAAGAUUCUAUCCCGGAACGUUGAAACACCCAUACCCUUUCUCGGACUUCCUGCAAAGAAAAUUGGCGGCUCAGCGACAAACGACAGACCCCGCCCGCACCACCUCCGCGAGCUGCUCAAACGCCACAGCUUCCCCGACUUCCUCUGUCUCCAAGAGGUCCGCGCACGACAGGCCGACACAGAGUGGGUCGCCGCCCUCCAGGCUGCCGUGAACAGCCACGGCGGCGACCCCGACCCGCGAUACGCCAUCUACACCUCGCUGAACCGCGCGACGCGUGGGCAGCGACAUUUCGGGACGUCGACCUUCGUGCGGGAGCCCAGCAGCGUCGUGGCCGCGCGCGAGGUCGACUGGGACGCCGAGGGGCGCAUCGUGAUCCUCGAGCUCGCGGGCGGCUGGGCACUCGUGAACGUGUACGCGCUCAACGGGAGCGGCACCCGUGGCGGGACCCCACGGGACGGGCUGCGGUGCCCAAGACGCGGCACGAGCGCAAGCGCGAGUUCAACCGCCUCCUCCUGCGCGAGUGCCAGGCGAUGCAGGCGCGCGGCCUCCGGCUCGUGCUUGUCGGCGACUUCAACAUCUCUCUGGCGCCGGCGGAUUGCUUCCCCCGCUUGCGCACGGAGUACCCCCAUUCGCUCGCGAGAAAGGAGUUUAACGAGAGGUUUAUUCCCGCGGCAAAUGUGGUAGACGUGUUCAGGGAGAGGCAUGG